CUAGCUCUUGAAAAGACACCUGCCUACUCUGCUCAUUCUGCUUUCCUUUGAGGUCCCUUCUAAACUUGCAGGUUGAUUGUGUCAGCUUUGCCACUUCUCCAGCAUGGCUGCGAUGCGGAGGCACAAGCUGGGCUCCUCGGACCUGGAGGUCCCGAUCGUUUGCCUGGGCACCAUGACUUGGGGCGAGCAGAACACCGAGGAGGAGGCCUGGCAGCAGCUGGACUAUGCGCUGGAGCACGGCGUCAACUUCAUUGACACCGCAGAGCUGUACCCCGUCCCUCCCAACCCGAAGACUGUGGGUCGCACAGAGGUCUACAUUGGCAACUGGCUCAAGGCGCGAGGCUGCAGAGACAAGGUGAUUCUGGCCACCAAGGUGGCGGCGCCGCUGCCGGGCGUGGACCGCAGCUGGAUCGUGGCCAACCGCUCCGACCCGCUCGCCGACCACACCACCUGCCCCCAGCCCGAGCUGGACGAGCCCAGCAUCCGCGCCGCCCUGGCCGCCAGCCUGAGGCGCCUGCAGACCGACUACGUGGACCUGUACCAGAUCCACUGGCCCGCCCGCUACGUGCCUCUGUGGGGCAAGCGGCAAUACCGCGUUGAGAAUGAGCGCCCCUUCACGCCCUUUGAGGAGCAGGUGCGCAUCAUGGGCGAGCUGAUCAAGGAGGGCAAGAUCCGUCACUGGGGCCUGUCCAACGAGACAAGCUACGGUGUGGCACAGAUGUGUGAGGCGGCCAAGCGGUUGGGUGUGCCGCCGCCCGUGUCCAUCCAAAACGACUUCGCGCCCGUCUACCGGCACUACGAGUCCGAGCUGGCGGAGACAUGCGCGCCCUCCGCCUACAACCUGGGCCUGCUGGCAUACGGUGUGCUGGCGGGCGGCACGCUGAGCGGCAAGUACAGCGACGGCGGCAAGCCCAAGGGCCGACACACCGACUUUCCGCAGUUCCAGAGCCGCUACCACAACCCGCGCACCCUGGCCGCCGCCGCUGAGUAUGCGGCGCUGGCCAAGCGGGUGGGGCUGAGUCCAGCCACCCUGGCGCAGGCGUGGGCGGCGUCGCGCUGGUACAUGGGCUCGGUGAUCAUCGGCGCCACUUCCAUGGAGCAGCUGAAGGAGAACAUCGAGGCGUGCCUGGUGACACUGGAUGCCAGCACGCUGGAGGAGAUGGACGCCAUCCACCUGCGCCUGAAGAACACCAACGACCUGGACUGAGGAGGGUGGGGGGUAGUGGGGUUGCGAGUGCAGUGUGCGAGGUGUGUGCCCGGUCCCCGCUGUCAUUGCAGAGCGGGUCAGGCCACUGGUGGGCAGGAGUGGCAGGAGACUCGCGUGGAGAGCGGACAGGACAGAGGGCUGUGGAGCGCGUGUGUGACUGUGUGAUGAGAGGCAGGGAGAGAGGGCAGUGAGCGGGAAAGAGAGCCCGCGUGGCUUGGGGGGGGCCUGCACUGUGCGAGCGUCAACUGUUCCAUAUGUGGGUUUGUGAGCCGCUGGCAUGGCUGGCAGAACGCAGGAGUCUGGAGCGACGGGGCGAAGGCAACAAGGACUUAGGGCCUUUAAUGGCAGCGACGGAGCAGAGUAACGCUACACGGAGCGAGGGCGGGCGGUUUCUAGAGAGUACCGGUUCACUGAGUCUUUUGCCUGAGCUGGAGCAUUCGUAUAGCUUGAGCAUAUUUGAUCAGCUUCUGGGUUCGACGAUGGUCACCCGGACAUUUAGGUAAGUACUUCGAACUCAACCGUAAGUCAAAGCGCAGUGGUAGCAGCAGCAACGCGUUGCGUACUCGAGCUAAUUAAGGCUGAUAUAAGUGGAUUACAUACUAGCGGCAACUAAUGAUGCAACGGUUAUUGCCCUCCUUGGCACCAUGCUGCAGUUGCCCGGGCAAACAAGCUAGCCUAUGCCCGCGGCAAGCUGUGCUCUACUUAAGAUGUAUGUAAUUGUAGCUGUAG